GCUAUGGAGGGUUCAACUACACUGGGUCUAAGAUUAGGUUUCCAGGCAGUAGUGGUGGCAAAGGAAAGCUUGGAAGCUUUGGGAAUUACCCAACUGAGUAUUAAUAGAAAAAGGUCUUUCAUCCACAUGGAACCUGGAAAUCAAACACGUGCUUCAGAAUUUCUACUUUUGGGAUUUUCAGCAAAUUCAGAGAUUCAGUUCAUUUUGUUUGGGCUGUUCCUGAUCAUGUACCUGGUCACCUUCACUGGCAACCUGCUCAUCAUCCUGGCAAUCAGUUUAGAUUCCCACCUCCACAUACCCAUGUACUUUUUCCUCUCCAACCUGUCCUUUGCUGACAUUUGUUUCACCUCCACCACUGUCCCAAAGAUGCUCAUAAACAUCCAGACAGAAAACAAAGUUAUCACCUAUACAGGCUGCAUCACCCAGAUAUUUUUAUUCAUUGUUUUUGGAUGCCUAGACAAUUUACUCCUGACAGUGAUGGCCUAUGACCGAUUCAUGGCCAUCUGUCACCCACUGAACUACAUGGUCAUCAUGAACCCACAGCUCUGUGGACUGUUAAUUCUGGGGUCCUGGGGCCUCAGUGUCAUGGGAUCAUUGCUGGAAACUUUGCCAGUUUUGAGGCUGUUCUUCUGCACAAACAUGGAAAUCCCACACUUUUUCUGUGAUCUUCCCGAAGUCCUGAAACUUGCUUGUUCUGAAACCCUCAUCAAUAACAUAGCAGUGUAUUUUUCAACUGGACUUCUUGCUGUAAUUCCUUUCAUUGGAAUACUUUUCUCUUAUUUUCAGAUUUUCUCUUCCAUUCUGAAAAUUUCUUCUGCUGUAGGCAAGUAUAAAGCCUUUUCUACUUGUGUGUCUCACCUCUCAGUUGUCUCACUAUUCUAUAGCACAGGUCUUGGUGUUUAUCUGAGUUCUGCUGUGACAUCAUCCUCUAGAACAAGUCUCAUUGCCUCAGUAAUGUACACUCUGGUAACCCCCAUGCUGAACCCCUUCAUCUACGGUCUGAGGAACAGGGACAUGAAGGGGGCCCUGGUGAGGCUCCUUGGCUGGACAGGCACCUCUCCGUGA